UGUAAUAGUUGGUCGGCAAGCUCACAUGGCGAUGGCGUUUGCAUCGUAUCAAACAGGAGAGAGAAAUAAAAACAGGAGAGAAGGAGGAUACUAGAAAUACCUCGAAAACGGAGACUCCGCUAUAUUUUCCUUCCGCUAUCCCUUUUUAGUUUUCUCUCCUUUUCAAUCCACCUUCUAAAAACCGGAGAUUGAGAGAGAAAAGGAAGAAAAUAAGGAAAAGAAAUCAAUAAAGCUUUUAUCAAAACAUCGACCAUUUUUUUCGCCAUGUCUGUGCGAAGGCGAACGUUGCUGAAGGUCAUUGUUCUCGGCGACAGUGGGGUGGGGAAAACAUCUUUAAUGAAUCAAUACGUACAUAAAAAGUUCAGUCAACAGUACAAAGCUACAAUUGGUGCUGAUUUUGUCACCAAGGAGCUUCAGAUUGAUGAUAAACUUGUCACUCUUCAGAUAUGGGACACAGCAGGGCAGGAAAGAUUUCAAAGUCUUGGAGUUGCAUUUUAUAGAGGAGCAGAUUGUUGUGUUCUAGUAUAUGAUGUUAAUGUACUCAGGUCGUUUGACACUCUUGACAAUUGGCAUGAAGAGUUUCUCAAACAGGCAAGUCCCUCUGACCCCAAGACUUUUCCAUUUAUAUUACUUGGAAACAAGAUCGACAUAGAUGGUGGAAACAGCCGAGUGGUUUCUGAGAAGAAAGCAAGGGAUUGGUGUGCUUCCCGAGGGAACAUACCUUACUUUGAGACCUCAGCAAAAGAGGAUCUCAAUGUUGAUGCUGCAUUCUUUUGUGUUGCAAAAACUGCACUGGCCAAUGAGCACGAGCAGGACAUGUGGAUGGCAGCAACCCUGGUUGAUUUCUAUAUUAAUGUUGUGGCUCUAUCGGCUUGGGUUGCAUACAAGGAAUCAAACUGGAUUAGUGCAGCAGCUUGGAUAAUUCUGCUAGUAUGUUUUGGCAGCAUUACUACUUGCACUUAUAUUGUUCUGCAACUCUUCAAGCUCUCACAUCAAGAUUCUUUACAAGAUCCCAUGUGCCAUAUUUUGUUGAGGCACAAAAAUAAGGAUGAUAUUGAAAGAAAUGGGAAGUUUUCCUUUGUUGUGGCUGCAAGAGUUCUUUUUAGCACAUUGGGUUGCUUAAUGCUGGGAACUCUGAUUUAUACUCUCUUAAUUGAUGGUCUCCCCUUCCGCAAAGAGCUUCUGACACCGUGGAUGGCCGCAACACUGGUUGACUUUUAUAUUAAUGUUGUGGCUAUAUCAGUUUGGAUUGCCUACAAAGAAUCAGGUUGGAUAGGUGCAUUCAUUUGGAUAGUUCUAUUAAUAUGUUUGGGAAGCAUUACAACUUGUUCAUAUAUUGUCAUUCAACUUUUCCAGCUCUCAUCAAAAGAUCCACUAUAUCUUAUGUUAUUGAAUGGUGGCAGCAGGAAUGGUUUUAAGAUGUUGGUCACAUCGCAAGUAACUCCUUGAAUACCAUAUUGUUCUCAGCUUGUGAUGGUGGGAAAGGCAAAACUACGUCAUGUCUUCGGUUUAUCAAAAAUAAAAUCUAAUAUUGAGCAAUUCCUGAAUUUGAUUCAGGCUGAAAACAUAUCUUCAAUGCAUCAUCUUCUUUCAAAGCUUGCAGGUUGAUGAUGAACGUAGUGUACCAUCAAAUAUGUUUCUGAUUUUGUACUCAUAUUAAUUCAAUCUUUAAUUGGGCUUGACAGAAAUAUGUAUUUCUAUAGGAAUUUGUCUCAAGGAAAUCUUCGGUAAAAUAUCUCCUAUUGACUAGUGAAGCAUUUUUUUUAUAUCCUUCCAUAUUUCUAUUUCUUUGCUCAAACAUUCUGCAGCCUUGGAGGCAUUAAAGUCCAUAAUUGUUUAUGGUAGGACAGAAAACAGGCUUGACAGAAGAUAAAAGGAGUAUUGAGUCAGAAGGAGAACAUUACGCUGAUCUGUUAUGCAUCGAAUGAUACCCAACAUUGAUCAUAUAUAUCCCAGUGUUCCAAUGGAUGUAUUACUUGUACAGAGUGGUUACAUGUUAGGGUUUUAGCAGAUCAACAUUGAUCUUGGACCAUUUUGUAUGAACAAUUUGCAGAAUAAACUUUGAUGCAUUUUUCUAAUUA